AUGACACCAUUUGGCGAGAUCACUGGUGAGAUUGUAGACGAACCAAGGGAGAUCAAACAGAUGGAAAAGAGUAUGGUCGAAACUAGGGCUUUGCUGACCGAUCUGAUCAAGACCUGCAAGGAAGCUCAAAAGAAGGGACUGUCAAUGGUUGCCAGCGCCGAAGAAUGGGGCCAAUCAUUGCCAAAGGAUUACGAAAAGAUCGUCAGCAGCACGCAAAAGUCCAAGCAGAUUGGCAAACAACAUCAGUAUAGCCAGUCGGAUGUGGAGACUCGCGUGGGCUUUGAGAAGGCCAUGGAACAGUUUUCACAGUCCACCGCCAAGACGAUGGAGUUUGAGAAGGAGUUUGGAGAGUGUGUCGUCGAGUCAUUCAUCAAGCCCGUGCAGGUCAUUGUCAACAGGAUCGAUGAGCGCAAGACCCACAGGAAGAAGUAUGACAAAGCUUACAUGGAGUAUGAUUCACUUCUCAGCAAGAUCAGGCAUCAACAGAGUCAAAAGAAGAUUGACAUUCUAAAGUUAUACACAUACGAGCGCGAUAAGAACAAAGCCUGCGCCAACUAUAACACUGCCAAGGCUGAUUACUUGGGUUUCCUCAGGAGCACUCUGGACUUGAUGCACACUGAAUUUGUCAAUCUGUUGGCGAGCCAUUUCGAUGCGAUUUAUAAACUUGGACAGGAUGCAACACAGGAGUUUGUAAAUAUUCAAGCGUAUAUAGAGUCGUUGCAAUCAUGGUGUUUGUCUGAGAAGGAAUGCCAUGUACAGGAUAUCCACGAGCUGAAUCAACAGUAUAACGACGACGUGGAACAGGACAUAAUAGACAAGUAUAUGCCUUUGGUAGAGCUGCUCACAGAGGAGCCAUUUGGAUUGUGGGCACACAUGGCAGAGGUACGACGAACCGAACGAUAUCCAGUGCCACCAAUGAUUGGUGUGCCUGGACCCCUGCCGCCACCACCAGUCAGCGCCACGCCAAUUGUAAAUUUCAUUCCGCCACUGGUGCGUCUGGUUGACUCGGCCGGCCACCUGUCCGAGUUCCUAACGGCGCUGGUUGUUCGUGACAUGCCCAACGUAUCCAUGAGCAUGGCCAUGAUGUUCCCGCACAACCCAAUGGCUUGCGAACUUGUUGAAGAGAUCGCCAGACACAUUGCCACGCCAUAUCUCCGACAUUUAUUCGAGCCAACAAUCAAUCAAAUCGUCAACUACCCUGAACACUAUGACCCACUCACGCCCGAAGGUCUCGAAGCCCUCGUUCGUGAGUUCAACUCUACAAUGGAGGCAUUCAAGGAUUCUGCCCAGUACCUUCCUCCGAUAUUCAAAAAGGCAUCAUUAGAGAUACAGAAACAAUUUGCGGCCAAGACAUCAUUGCCCGCAUAUCCACCGAUUGGAUGUUUGUUGUUUGGUCGCGUGUUUACACCGGCGUUGGCACGCCCACACUUGAGUAACCUAUGCAACACGAUACCAUCCAGCACAUCAUUGGAAGCGUUGCACUUCUUAUCGACAAUGGUCUACAAUGCAGGCUCCAAUCAGAUCUUCUUGAGAGGACCACAACACGUGAAUGACGCUGUGGCCAAGUGGAAACCAAUGAUACGCGACUUCUUCCAAGAGGUGUUUGCCAACAAGGAGGACAUGGCGGUGGAGUGGGAGCCCAAGCAAGCGCUGCGAACGACCUUUGCCACCGAGGUCAUCACCAUCCAAUCAUUCCUCAAGCAGCACUACCAGACCAUUGCCAGUGCCAUGUGUACCAAAGGAGAGAAAGAGCUCUGUCAGCAAUUCGUCGUGGCACUCGGUCUACUAGAGGCUGAAGAUGCGACCAACAGUGGCAUCAUACUCCAAUCACUAGAUGGAUUUGUCCAUGCAUGA